ACCCUACUUUAAGAUAUGGAAUUCCUCAUCAUUUUUCUUUCUCUUGCUUUCUUGGGAUCGAUCCUAUGUUUGUUUCAUGAGUUGGUGGUGAAGCCGAUGAAACUUCGAUCAAGAUUAAGUGAACAAGGAAUCAAAGGACCGCCUCCGACUCUGCUUUUCGGAAACAUAAGAGAGAUUAAGAAGGCACAAUCCGCCGUUGUUAGGGAUCCUAGCCCGUCGUCCACACACAACUGCGCUGCGCUUCUCUUUCCUUUCCUCGAGAAAUGGAGGAAACAGUACAGUGAAGUAUUUAUGUUUUCUCUUGGUAACACUCAAAUAUUGUUUGUGAAUCAACGUGAUGUUGUGAAAGAGAUUACAACAUGCACGUCCUUAGCCUUGGGGAAGCCUUCCUAUCAGCAAAAAGAGUUUGGUACUUUGCUCGGUCAGGGAAUUCUAACUUCUAAUGGGGCACUAUGGGCUCAUCAGAGAAAAAUUCUUGCUCCUGAAUUAUACAUGGACAAGGUUAAGGGAAUGAUGGACCAUAUUUUCGAGUCUACAUUUACUGUACUCGAGUCUUGUAAGAUCCAAAUCGAGGCUGAGGGAGGACUUGCCAACAUCAAAAUCGACGAGUAUAUGCGGAGCUUCUCCGGAGAUGUCAUCUCUAGAGCAUGUUUCGGAAGCAGUUAUUGUAAGGGAGAAGAAAUCUUCUUGAAGCUAAGAGCUUUACAGGAGACCAUGUCUAAGAAAAGUUUAUCCACUGGUGUGCCCGGAAUGAGAUAUCUUCCCACAAAAAGCAACAGAGAAGCUUGGGCACUAGAAAAGGAUAUACGUGAUCUGAUCCUGCAAGUGGUAAAAGAGAGAAAGAUGGCAGCAUACGAGGAGGACUUACUGCAAAUGCUGGUCGAGGGCGCUAAAAACAGCUAUCUAAGUCAAGAAGCCACCGAGCGGUUCAUAGUCGAUAACUGCAAGAACAUAUACUUGGCCGGAUACGAGACUACCGCUGUUUCCGCCACCUGGUGCCUCAUGCAUUUGGCUGCCAAUCAAGAAUGGCAGCAUAUAGUACGAGAGGAGGUUCUUGAAAUCAGCAGGGGUCGUACUCUGGAUGCCGACAUGCUUCGCAAGAUGAAACAGCUUACAAUGGUGAUUCAGGAAUCGUUACGACUUUAUCCGCCGGUAGCCGUGGUGUCGAGGGAAGCGUUGGAGGAUAUGAAGUUCGGGGAGAUUUUGGUACCCAAGGGUGUAAAUAUCUGGCUUCUGGUGUUGGCAUUGCACACUGACCCUGAAAUCUGGGGUAAAGAGGCCUACACAUUCGACCCGAAUAGAUUUGCAAAAGGGAUAGCAGGUGCUUGUAAGCUGCCACAAGUGUACAUGCCGUUUGGGGUCGGGCCACGAAUGUGCCUGGGACAGAACUUGGCACUGGUUGAACUGAAACUAGUAAUAGCUCUCCUUUUGUCCAACUUCUCCUUCUCCCUUUCUCCCAACUACACCCAUUCUCCUGUUCUAAGGUUGGUGACAGAGCCAGAAAAUGGAGUCCAUCUCUUGGUAAAGAAGCUGUGAUUCGAGUAUGCCUAUGUAAACUAUCCAUUAAUUUGGUCUGUAGAUAAGAUUGAAUUGAUGUUAUUUAGUUUUGCAUAUAUAUGCUAUUGCUGUUCGAAUCAGAUC